AUGAAGACUGCUAUUCAGCAGACUGAUAUUCAUGCAGGAAGUGAUCAAAUCAAGUGGAAACAUGGGAAUUUCUCACUGAAAGCAGCAUGGAAUUGUUGCAGAGUUACUGGAAACAGGUGCACAUGGGCUAGAUUGUGUUGGAAACAUUGCAGGUCUCGGAUAAGUUUGUGUGUUGUCAUCAUUCUACACAACAAAAAUCUGUCUUUUGUGAAUUUGCAGAAAAGAGGACUGCCAGUUACUUCUAUCUGUCAUAAUUGCUAUGCUGGGGAUCAUUCUAAUGAACAUUUGUUCUAUCAUUGUGGUUUUGCUGUUGAGAUUUGGAGAGGGGUUUUUGAUUUGUUGCAGCUACAGGUUCCUCAGUUUUUAAGUCUUAAUCACAUUGUGGACUGGUUUUUGCAAAACACUAUGACAAAGUCUCUCAAAUCUAAGAUUUUGAAUGGGAUUUUUCCAGUUACUCUAUGGAAGAUAUGGUCUAGUAGAAAUGCUAUGCUUCAUACAGGGAUACAAGAACAGAGCUCACAUGCAGUGCAAGCUAUUAUUUGGGAUGUUAACACAUAUCUCAAUAUUAGUUUAGCAGACUUAUUAAUUGUAUUUGGUUUGCAAUUUUUCUUUCUGAGAUAUGUUGUUUGCUGA